CGAUGAAAAGCGGCGCCGGCGCGAAGAAGGAGAAGCAGGCAGCAGCUGCAACUACUGCCGUUGCACCUCCACCAGCAGCUCCAAAGAAAACCUCUGGUCUGCGGGAAAAGCGGCUGAAGGUCGAAAAGUCGUUCUACGUAAUCAACAAUGCGGCAAAUAAAGGAGCGUCGUCGUCGUCGACCAAGGGCAAAAAAACGAGAAUCAAUUCGACCGGAGGUACGGUCGGAGCCGGGUCCUCGUCGAGCAGUAGUUCUGCUGCGGCACCGAAGGAGCCUUUACAUUCGUCCGCGAAGAAGUCGAAAGCAAAGGUCGCACAGGGCAAAGCGGAAGAGUCGAGAAGCAAUGGUAGUUCCUCUUCGUCAUCGUCUUCAUCUGCCGCGCUCGUCAAGAAAAGUAGCAAUGCUGGUGCCGAGCAAAGCUCAGGAACAACCUCGGUCGGAACGCGAAAUAACAAGCUCGCAGGUCGACCAGGCGGCAGUAGUACCAAGAACUUCUCGGCGUCAAAAAAUAAAUCCGCGGCAAAGAUCAACUCGGCGACAAAGAAAUCCGGUGAGAAAAAAAAACACGUGAAGAUAACCUCAAAGGUGGACGCAAAGCCAGCAGUCGCCGCGGAGAAAAUGGUGGCGGGCGAGGCGGCAGAUGAGAAGCGGCAGAACAGUAGGAAAUCGAGUAGUAAAACGAACAAGAGUACAACAUGUACAACAAGCAAAAGCUGCAGGACCGAUACCAAAGACACGAAAAGAAAUGAUACGUUUGAAAAAAAACCUGGAAAAAUGAGCUUUUCGGCUGCGCAGGUGGUCUCUCAUGUUGUUCCAUCGGCGAGCUCUAGUUCUUCUAAGGCGGUGCAGCAGGAACUGCACAAAGGCACCACUGUGCAAGCUGUAGCAGAAGUCGGAGUAGAACAAGAGGACGCUGUUCCAGCGAAGAAGACGAAGCGUGGCCCCGGUCGGCCGCCCGGGGCCAAAACGAUGAAGGCUGUUGCUCAAGCGACGUCUGAUCUCGAUCCACAAGAGGACAACGCGACCGCAAAUGUCUACCCCAGCGAAAAGAAUCCACUCGCGGGAGCGCAGCACCAGGAUAAGGAUAGAGCGAAACAAGGUCGUGUUGAAGGAGCAUCCAGUUCGUCGGCCUGCUCGUCUUCCGGCAUGAAGAACCAAACGACAACUACCCAGAAAGCCCCAACAUCAGGAGGUAUUUGUUGGUUGCUGUAUUCUGAUUUCCAUUUAUUUUCCGACAUGAUGUUGAAGAUGCUGAUGCAUUGACGCUCCUCGGCCCGCCGGAAAAGGGCUCCUUGCUCAAUAAACCCUGUAGAGACAGCACAUUCAAUUUUAAUGCCAAUAGUCAUGUACACCCAUCAUGUUCUCUUCAGGUGCAGCAGAAGCGCCGGCAUUAGCACCAACGAAGGAUGUGGCGACAGACGGCAAGGGAAAUCAAGAGGCGAGUCGUAAAAAUGUGGACCACGCGACGUCCUACGUGAAAGAGAAUCAUCUUCCGAAAGUACCUGUACCAGAGGCUAAACUGCAAUCCCCCUCCCAGGAUGACGAGAAGGAAGUGCAGCAGGCCCUGGACGCGAAGGCGGCAAAAGCAAUGAAAGUCAAGAAAAAGAAAAAGAGUCCGAAGGCCGCUGCAGCCGCUCCCGGACCGGCGCAGCGUGACACGGCUCCGUUCGCGUCUUCGCUUGGGUUGGUCAACGAAAGCGAUUUGAACAAGACCGCGAAGAAUGCAGUAAAACCGCCAGCCGAUGUGAUAAAAAUAGACGCAGCUCCAGAUCUUGCCGUUGCGGCGCCGUCUACCGCACAAAAUGAAAAACCAGCAACGUCAGUUGUGCUCACAGGAUCCAAAGAAGCGGUAAAAACAACAGCCGUGCCGCGCGAGUCCUCGCGCUCCCUCACCGCGUUGAAGGUGACGGGAAAACUUCGGAAGCGGGAGUUUGUUUUGCAGGCGGCCUCUACCACCAACCUGCAUAUUUUUCCCACCGCGCCAACCGCUGCGGAAAGUGCUGCUGCGGCGGCCGCAGAGUUGCGGCGGAGGAAGCUGCGCAAACGGAACAAGCGCAGACGGGAACGGCAGGAGGCGGAAGAGCUCCGUGAGAAGCGACCCAGGAACGACUUCUGCGACGAGAACCUCUCCCAAGCAGACGCGCACACGGAGCGCGACUGGUCCAGCAGCCCCAGCGAGAACGGCGACCACGACGAGGCGGGGCACGAUGAAGACGACCCCCUUCGCGCUGAAGAUGACUCGGAGGACGAGGAGGACGGGAGUAGCAGCGGCAGCAACAAUGGUUUUGGUUCCAGCGGAGACGACGAGGAGGAUUCACAAGACGGGGCCAACGCGAAGCAAUCCCCAGAGCAAAUGUACGGGGAUCUCUUUUCCGACGACGACGGGGGCCUGCUGGAUAAUUCUAACAUGACGCCGCGUAUCAAAUGUAAAAAUGUCUGGGUCUGGAAGAAUGCAAGAUUUGUGAUGCAGGUUUUCCAUGACCCAUGAGGUCUGAAAUGCGAGACCCAGCAUGACAGAUUCUUUGAGGUUUCUAUCACGCCUUUCCUGCAUGAGAAACUCCCUCUCAACUAGGUCAAAAGCGGACAGCUUUUGGCACUCACGCAACACAGAUUUUUGCAUCAUUUAGAUUUGGCAUGACAAGUUGCAUUGUUCCAGACCCAGACAUUUUUACAUUUGAUACCGCGCGGGGUGGGGAACCGCGGCAAAAAGGCCAACCAGAAGGCGGCGAACCUGUUCGAGGAACUGAAUCGUAGUGAACAACUCGAUAAUUCUAUCCUGAGUAAAAACGUACCCACACCAGAGUCAGGAUGAAGAUUUUGCAACACAAACCUAGGAGUUUUGUGAGUCACGCAUGACAAGUUGCGCUAUGCAGUGUAGUGCAGGUUAGCAAGUGCAGCCGCAUCACAGAUUCAUCUGCUCAUCCUGUUCACAGCAUCACAAAUUCCAAAACACGAUUGGAAAUGGCUCUCACGGGGAUGCGCAUUACAAGUCUUCCUGUCUUUGCAAAUCUGCAUUACAACUCUGGUGUGGAUACGUUUUUACUCAGGAUAAAUUCCUCCGGGAAACGCAAACUCAUGUCCAGCACGCACUCGAGCCGGAGCAGCGUUUUCGUCGUUAAGGACCGCGACUCCGCCCGCAGCGUGGUGAAGGUGGUGCGCGAUCAUCCGCAUCUGCCUUCGUUCAAAAUUCUCUCCGACGGCUCCGUGGAGCUGGAACAAACGAUCGCCGGCGGAGAAUCUUCAACAUUUUUAUCCGAGAACCGUAAAGGACCAGCCGGAGUAGAACCAAGUGUAAGCGACGAACGACCAGAAAUUAAUCAGAAUAUGAAAAGCGGUCAGGUAGUACAAGGAUUACACCAGGCGUCCAAGUCGUCUUCCAGCUCCUCUUCCUCCAACUCGGCUUCCGCAACAGCAGCUGCGCCGGAGGGGACAUUUCCAUCUGAGCGACGAGAAAGAACUACACAGCAGGACGCUUCCGGAGCAGGAGCUACUUCCGGAGCUACUACUGCAUUUGCCGCGCCGUUUGCCGCCGGCACAGGAGCACUAGAUCAGCCGAUGAUGUUCACGGUUUCCCUCCAGUACCUGAACACGCACGAUGGCACCGACCACGAAGACUGCCUUGGUGUGUACAGUUCGCGGCAGCAGGCGAACUUCGCCAUGGUGAAAUUUCUGGACAACUGGAGCUUUGAGCCGGAGUUCCAGGAGAAGAGAAAACACAUGCUGAACAACACCUACCCGAUCCGGGGCUUCACCUCAUCUUCUCUUGCAGGUGGCAAGACAAACGGCGCCACGUCAAGUAGUAGUUCUUCCACGUCCACCAAAGGCGGCGAUCAUAACGCGGAACUGUCUGCCGCCUCCGGUACGGCCUGCUACGACCAGGAGGAGGAAGCAAAACCAGCUUCCGAUGAGGAUCAAGACCGGGAACGGGCCGUGUCGGGGUGCUACGAGCUGGUGUUGAACGAACACGGACGAUUAUUCCAUGGCGAGGAAAUUCGGCUAUUUGUCGACAAAUUCGAAGUAAACGCCGACAUCCGGUACUGAGACUGAAUAUGAUGCUGCAGCUUCAGUGGUCCCUGCUGAUGCUCCAGUGCUCAUACCACUUUUGGAUAGAAGACGAGGAGGACGAAACAAUGUUUGUAGUGAUGCAACAAGAAGCAGUUCGUCUUCGUUGUACGCUACAUUUGGUUCUCACAACGAAGUAUUUCUGAUUAUAGGAGGAUGUGAAACUUGUCGCACGUUCUGUGCGCACUUCAUCAUGAUCCUCCUGUUUUUUUUACCAGCGACUUCAAUUAAACUCACAAGGGCAAAUGGCUACAUUCAGCUUAAGCCGCGCCGCAGCACAUCGAGUGCUGUGGAUGAUUGACAUACGUUUAUUCAUUGUCACGAAGAGAUUCAAGUUCAACCAACCGAGGAAGGACUUUUGCUCCUAAAAAGCAUUUUCCUGGGAUUUAGCGACCUGUAUUUUAUCGACACAGAUCUCUUCGCGAACACUCCGUGCUCGUGUCGAUUAUUUUGGGCCUCUAGAAAAAUGAAAAUCAAAAUCUAACUUUCUUCAUGAGACGAGUUUAUCUCCAUGAAUGGCAUAUCUUGCGACAAAUGAAAGCAGAAAAAAGCCAUGAAUAUUUGUGUGGUGCGUCACACAGAGGCGGAUUUCGGGAAU